UAGUCCCCCAUCAGAGAGUCGAGCUUUGCAAAGCCUGGAUCAGGAAAAACUUUCACCCUAAUCGCGAGGGUGUGGUAUACAUUCAUGCUUGUUCAGUAAGCGUAGCAGAGCAACCGCUGUAAAAAAAAUUGUGAUAAAGGAAAAUUGCCUUUUGAUGUAGUUAACCAACAAAUUACAGAGCUCAUUGUCUGUUUUAGCUAGCUAGCUAGCAAGAUAGCUAGUUCAUGUUAACGUUAGCUAGCUACGCUAUCAAACGCCUCCUACGAUAUUAACUUGUUAGCUAAAUACAGACGUUUUCUGAAUUAGGCAUAGACAGACGUCUGAAACAGAACUAAAUGAAGUAUUAAUACAUUGAUAAUAUAUAAGGAGUCCUAAGUAUCUGCUUUUUAAGCUGAUGUGAUCAAACGCCCGACGGAAAAGUUGUUUCAGAAUCCCACAGCCGGGGCAAAGGGUAGAGCGCUGAAACAAAAGAGUAACGUUACCAUUGAUCAAAACCACCUAACUAGCUACUUAUUCACAUUCACAAGAUGUCCGAAAUAAUCCUCACGUUUCAGACACAGCUAUCGGGUGUUAUGGAAACUGUCUUUAAGGCUGCAAUAUUUGAAAUCACCAGACUGGUGGAAGAUAGUUUUCUGGAAGAGGUGUCUCGGAGCCGUGAACAAGUUGAAUCUUUAAAAAAGAGACUUCAGUGGUUUGAAACCAGACGCAGAGACCAAGAGAGAGGUAGGAGGCUGAGGUGUGCAGACUGUGGCAAUGCCCGGGUUUCCAAUGAAGAAAAGGAAGAGAAAUCCUCAGGUGCGGAAAACACUCAAAAUCUUAAAGAGGAGAGAAGUGUGGAGGAAGGUUGUGGGGCUGAGAAGAAGAAUGAAUUUUCUGGAAUGGUGGAGUCAGAGAAUAUACCCAAUCCAGACUGUGGUACAGAGCAGGCAGUUCGAGAGGAAGGAAAGCUGGACUGCUUGCUUAAAGGUGAGAGUGUUCAGACUGCUACUGCUACAGAGCUGCAGGAUGGCUGGAGACUGAGCACUGAAGGAGCAGAAGGCUCUGAUAAUUCUGCACAUAGUAAAACAUACAGUGAGCAAGAGCUGCAGCAGAUUCAGGAUGACUGGAGCUCUGGACUGGAUCAAGCCACUGACCCUGAACAUGAACCAGAUUUGGACAACAUCCAGGGUGCAGCAUACAGAACUCGCUACAGCAUGGGGGACAUGGGAGGCUAUAGCAACCAGGGGCUGAAUAUGGGAGAGCUGAAUGGCCUCUCUGACUCUCCUCGGAGAGCCGGAGAAGUACUGGGCUUUGGGGUGCUGGCAAGUUCUUUGCAGACUGACCUGGGUACAUCUGAGGAAUGUGGGAGACGUAUUAGAAAUAAGAGAGGAAACAAAGGAUCGUCAUCCCUGCACAGUACUUCAGAUACAAGCGAUCUCAACUGUUUGCUUAUUAAUGAGGAGGGAUAUUUGCAGGACAUAAGUGCCUUCCCUCAGGCUCCAGGUGGACUUGCUAGGGAUUCUGGGCAUCGAGGACAUUCCACGUAUCAUAGAGAAACGGACAAUAACAACAGUGAUUGCUUUUAUAGUGGAGACGCAUUUAGCCACCCAUUGGACUUGAACAACGAACCUGUGGAAAUGGCAGGAGCCAGAGAGGAGAGACCUCAAACCUGUCCUCAGUGUAUGCUUAGUUUCCCAGACCAGGUUUCCCUGAAGGCCCACAUGCUCUCUCACCGAGCUAGCACGGCCCCUUCCUACGUGUGCAACCAGUGCGGCAAGAAGUUUACCCAGGCCUGCAACCUGAAGGUCCAUCAACGCGUCCACCAGAGAGAAGGCCUGCACUUGUGCAGCCACUGUGGGAAAGGCUACUCGUCAUUUGGUGACCUGCGCAGGCACCGCUGCAGCCAAGCUGGGGACAAGCCUUACAGCUGUGCAUUGUGCGGUAAUAAGUUCAGCCGCCUGUGGAACCUCAAGCUGCACCGUCGCAUUCACACACAGGAGAAGCCGCACCAGUGCAGCAUGUGUGACAAGAGCUUCACCCGGGCUGACAUCUUAAAGGUCCACCAACGGACCCACACUGGAGAGAGACCAUACUGCUGCAAAGUCUGUGGACUGAGCUUUAAGCGUCUUGACCAUCUCAGAUCACACCAGCGCAAACAUGGAUCUGACCCGAACAACCACUAGAACUACAGUCACCAACGGAGUCAUCAAGUACAUGUAAUUAUAGUAAUGUAUUUGUGUGUAAAUGGGUCACAAAUGAAGGGCAUUGUAAUACAUUACAGGGUUGUAAGGCCUUACUCCUAGCAAGGGGAUGCAUUGUGUUUAAACUUAAGCUUAUUAGUUAUGCUUGCAAAACAAGAUGGAAGAUGGAAAAAAAAAAAAAAGCUUGGUUAAUACCAUGAGCAGGCAUAGACCCAGACUCAGUUCCACAGUGCUUUACUUUGGGUGUCAUUAUUUACCAGUAAAACAGCUUGCACAUUGUGAUUUCUUACUUCACAUUUUCUUGAAUAUUUUACUAAGGUCAUUUCUGAUUAGUGUGCAUUAUGGUUAAGGGAAGUGCAUGGUAGUGAAAUACUUUCUGUUGCUACUUACUGAUAACGCAGUGCCUCUGUAAUUGGUUUUGCUCAUUGAGAUUCUUGUUUAUUUAAAAAAAAAUGAAUACUGUUCUCAUUGUGUUUCUUUUACUGCAUCAUAUUUACAUGCUUAAACUUUUAUCUAAAAUUUGUAUUUUAUAUAAAGAGACACACAGACUUUUUGUUUGUUUGAUUUGUUAUUCUGGAUCAAAGCCGAUAUAUGUUGGAUGCCAAUUAAAAAUGUUUACCUUUCA